CGAAGACAAGGCAAAAAUAAAAGAAAAGCAUAUGAAACGAGGGAGCAUAGGGAGUGAGUGUUACUUUGCAAAAAAAAGAAGAAAAAAAACCAAAAAGAAAAGAGAAAAGCAGAAUAAAAAGCCACAGAAAUAAAGAAAAGAGUUUGCAACAAAAUUAUUAGCUAGAUAGCAGCGAAUGCACAAGAUGUUCUUGUUUUGGUGUUGAUAACAAACAACAAUGACAACAGCAACAGCAGCAGCAACAACAAAAACAACAACAAAAACAGCAGCAAGCUACAAAAAGAAAAUCAACACGUUCCAACUGCAACCACGAAGACAGCAACAACAGCAGCAGCAACAAUAAUUAAAUCGAUGUGAAAUCAAAUCCUAUUGCAGCGCAAGUGCAACAAAUUGACAAUAGUCUUCGAUUUGCAAGUGGCUGCAUUGUUAUUUUUAUUAUUUUUUUUUUUUGCCCGAAUUCCAGCCUCCCGUUUGUGCCAAUUCACACUCACACGCACACGCUCAGUCACACAAACACGCCUACACUUUUGCGCGCUCCUCUUCCUUCUCCUCUUCCAACACUUCCCUCUCAUUGCCUCUUCCCCUCUUCCAGCCUACCUCCCUUCCUUAUCCUCUAUCUCAGUCUUUCUUAUUGUAAGCAAGCAUUCCCACUCAAAUUUCAACUCCGCUUUUGAGCUUUAAGCUCCUCUCCAAACACCCCACCCCAAAACCUGCAAAUUAAGCGAUAACAAAUUGAUAAUCGAGUGAAAAAAAAAAAUUAAAAAUACAAAUAAUAAGUUAAUAAAACAACAGAGCCAAGGCGAGAAUCCUUUGAGUGCAUUUAAGAGCGAUGCAGUAUAGGCCACCAUGGGUUCACAAACCUUGGAGAUACUGCGCCAAGGCGUGUGGGCCUCGCUGACCGGCGGCUAUUUUUAUGAUCCGCAUCAGGGCGUAUUCUGCAAUGUUGUCCAUUUGUAUUUAUGGCUCUAUCUGCUUUGUUCGCCCUUUGUUGCCUACCUGUAUUUUCCCAGCACAUGGCUAACCUGGUGUCUGUAUUGCGUGUUAACCAGCUGCACCAUAUUGAUGGUGAAGCUGGCGAAUUUGGCAUUGCAUCGCCUCUACGAUCGGGCCCAAACCAUGUCCGAGGUGAAUCUGAAGAGUCACUUCUUCAAGGUCACCAAGGAGAUGGAGACACGCGAACCGGACGAAGAGAACGGCAUUGAAAUGAAAGUAAUGCGCGCUAUAGCCGGCGACGGAUCACGUUUAUCCAUGGAACAGCCAAUCAAUGAAGCCAGCGAGGAGAAUAGCAUAAUGUCCAUUGACAAUGCCAAUAGCAUUAUAGAUCUCAAGGUUGAUGUGCAUCGCAAGAACAGCUCCGAGUCCAUUGAGUUAAUGUUUUAUGCCCCGUCAAUGCUAUCUGGUGGCAGUCAACAGGAUCAGCAAUCGCUUGCUGGCUCCGCUAGUGUUAGCAAAUCCAUAAGAUCAGCAGCUGCAACAAAUCCUGGUUAUGCCAAUGAGUUAUAUAGCAAAUACCUGACUGUUUAUCCCGAGCUUGUGGAACUUGUGGUGCCUGCUAAUUCGGACGAUAACGAGGAGGCGGCUGCAGCUGGAGGAUCAACUGGAGCAGUAGCAGCAGCAGCAUCGACUACAGCAACAUCAACUGGAGCAACUGCUGGAACCGGGUCUGGAACAGUAGCUGUAGCCGGAGCUGGUCGCACGGGACGCCAUUUGUUUAGUCGUCGACAUCGGCGUCAGCUGGAGCGACAGGCGAGCCUGGAUGCCAGCAGUGCCCUAGAUGAUAUGCUAAACACGGAGCUAAUGCGAAAUCAAUCCGAUACAAUAGCCACAACAAGAUCCGCGGCAACUGCAGCGGCUGCAGCUGCAGCUGCUGCGUCACCCAGCUUCCUGCACACUAAAGCAAUGAGGCCUGGUCAUAAUUCACGUCAGCUUUUCAUGGUUAACCCAGCGGGAGGAGCUUCAGCGGCAGCAGCGAGUGCAAAUGGAAGUGGAGCUGGCACUGCAACUGGAGCUCCAACUGGAGCUAGCAACGAUGGCUGCUCCGCAUCGUCUUCCUCAUCGGUGUUGCUUGUCCAGCAGCCCCAAACACGUUCCUUGCGAUUGCAGCGACAUCGCAGCUCUGAAACGCACGAAGAGCGACUGAAGCAUCAAAGCCGCAUUGGAUUGUUUCAAUCGAUGCAGCAAACAUUGCUGCAACAUCAGCAGCAACAUUUCCAGCAGCAACAGCAAAAGCAACUGCUCAAGCAACAGCAAAAGUUGCAGCAUCAG